AUGAAGCUUACAUGGUGGCGGUGCCCCAGCCCAUCGGAAGGGGCUGGGCCAACAGUGGAGGCCUGCGCAGCAGCUGACGCGGCGCGACACAGCGGACGUGACGCAGCACCGCGGCCCGUUGUUGUGCUGCUGGCAUGGGUCGGGGCGCAGGACAAGCACGUCCGCACUUACGCCCAGCUAUUCCACAGCUGCGGCUGGGACGCGUUGGUCGCAUCGCCGCCGGCGCUGGCGAUCUGGGCUCCCUACUGGGCGGCCCGCAACGCGCGCCGCGUGCUGGGCGCGCUUUGCGAGGAUAUCGCGGCGCGCGGCGAGCGGCCAGUGGUGUUUUACGCCUUCAGCGGCGCCAUCAAGUCGGUCUACUACCAGAUCCUGCUGCUGCUGGCUGGCAAGGGCCGAGAAGCAGCCGAGUUCUCCGGGGUCCGCAGCUGCGCCGUCGGCCAGGCGUAUGACUCACCGGUCGACUUCACCAGUGAGGCGGGCCAGCGGCUGCUCGCCCCCGCCGGCCCCGGCCGCGUCGCCGUCCUUGCGCGCGGCGCGCUGGCCGCGGCCGCGGGCGCCCUCGACUUUGCUUUCCUCGAGGUGUUUGAGGCCGACAGGGCGGCGCUGUGGAGCGCGCUGCGCCACCCGCCCUUCAAGGGGCCCGUCCUGUUUCUGUACAGCUACACUGAUGGCUUGGUCGACGCCCAAAGGGCGGCCGCCCUGGCGGGGCAGCUGCGGCUGUCUGGCCACCAGGUGCUGGAGCAGGCGUGGGACGACUCGCUGCACGUGUCGCAUGUGGUGGCGCACCCCGCGCAGUACGCGUCGUGCGUCAGGUGGCUGCUGAGCGGCGCUGAGCAAGAGUGGGCGGCCCGAACCGCAAGGCGGCCCGCCGCCGCCGGCAAGGGCGGCGCCGCGCUGGAGCGCGGGCCGGCGGCCGCGCCGGCUGCCUGGACGGCGGCCGUGCUGGGCUUGCAGCCGGCGUGUGCCUGUGAGCGCGGGGCGCAAGCAGGCACGUGGGGCGGCCGCCGCGCCCAGCAGCAGCAGCAGCAGCAGCAGCAGCAGCAGCAGCAGCAGCAGCUGCAGCAGCAGCAGCAGCAGCAGCUGCAGCCGCAGCGCGCAACUCACUUCCUACACCGCAGCGAACACCAGGGUGAGGACCCGGGGGAUGGCGACGCGGCAUCGGGAUCGGCGGAGGAGAGGGCUAGGAUUGUCAUGCGCGAGCUUGGGGUCAGCCCUGGCACCAUCGACGCCGUCGCGGCGCAAAUCGCGCAGCAGUGCGCCAGCAGCACGCGCGGCGCCGCAGCGCCCACCACCAGCAGCAGCGGCCGAGCACGCCGCAGCAGCUGGGCGGGCGCUGGCAGCGGCGGUGGCGGCAGCGGCGGCAGCGGCAGCGGAGGCGCGCGCACGGCCUGGGUUCGGCCACCAGUGGGAGCUGUACCGCGGAGGAGUGAGUUUCAAAACGAGGCUACGCUUGCAGCGGACCCUGUCGUGCGCGCAAGUGCACUCGAGGUGCCAGUGAGCGUGGUGGAGUGGCCAGCUGAUCAGAUCGUCGCCGCACCGCCUGUGCUGGCGCCGGGCCAGCAGCCACAGUGGCAGCAUCCGCAGCGGCGGCAGCAGCAGCGGCAGAGGGAGCAGGACACGGAGCAUUGGGGACUGCCGCAGCGGGCACCUGGCCCAGCGUACGCACUGUUGCCGGAUGACGGCGACGCCCCGAGCGGCAGCGGCCCCCUGUUUGGCUCCGCCCUUGGCCAUACGCACUCGUUUACAAACAUGCUCGGCGGCCCUCACAGCAGCGGCGCCGUGUUUGUCUCUCCGCGCGAGGUCGGUGCGGCUGCCGAGGUUUACCUGCCCCGGCUGGGUGUUGCCGUGCGGCGGGGCAGCUGGCAGGAGCCGUCUGGUAGGGUGCCGCCUGCGCUGGGCGCACUGGGCAUCGGGCCGGGCUCACCGGUGGUGAUCAGGGUGCGGAGCCGUUUGUAG